AUGGGUAACGGAGCCAAAGCCGCCUCUAAACGUGAGCGCAAUGCCAAAGACGCAAAAGGUGCUGCAAAGUCGCAGCUGAAAGUUAACGAAGCUGCCAAGGAUAUCAUAUGCAACGUCUGCAGGCAGACUUUCCUCAAAACCACUCGCGCUCCGGCCCUGACCGAGCAUGCCUCCAAUAAGCACAGCAAGACGCUCCAGGAUUGUUUCCCCGGCUUUGUAGAAACCCCUAAGAAAUGA